UCUCUACUCUAGACGCCGUGCAAAUUCGGAGUUUGAUUUGCUUUAAGCAGUUUUUGUUUGAAUUUAUUGCCUUGUUAACCCGUUGUUACUAGCAGAAAACUUGACAAAAUGCGUCCCCCAGAGUUCAAGCUUAACAAUCCGCCGGAGGACCUCAUCUCCGCCGUGAAAUUUGGGCCCAAAUCGAAUCAGUACAUGGCGGCGUCUUCUUGGGAUGGAACACUUCGGUUCUACGAUGUGCCGGCAAACCAGCUGCGCCAGAAAUUCCUGCAGGAUGCCCCCAUUCUGGACUGUGCCUUCAUGGAUAUAGUGCACGUGGUCAGUGGCUCGCUGGACAACCAGUUGCGUCUCUUUGAUGUCAACACCCAGGCGGAAAGCAUAGUUGGUGCCCACGAGGAGCCCAUCAGAUGCGUGGAGCACGCCGAGUACGUCAAUGGCAUCCUCACGGGUAGCUGGGACAAUACCGUAAAGCUGUGGGACAUGCGGGAGAAGCGCUGCGUGGGAACCUUCGAGCAGAACAACGGAAAGGUGUACUCCAUGUCCGUGAUCGACGAGAAGAUCGUGGUGGCCACCUCCGACCGCAAGGUGCUCAUCUGGGACCUGCGCAAGAUGGACAGCUACAUCAUGAAGCGGGAGUCCUCGCUUAAGUAUCAGACCCGCUGCAUUCGCCUAUUCCCCAACAAAGAGGGCUACGUGAUGUCCUCCAUCGAGGGACGCGUGGCAGUGGAGUACCUGGAUCACGACCCUGAGGUGCAGCGUCGCAAGUUCGCUUUCAAGUGCCACCGAAAUAGGGAGCAAGACAUCGAACAGAUCUACCCCGUGAAUGCCUUGAGUUUCCAUAAUGUCUACCAGACAUUCGCCACCGGCGGAUCCGAUGGCAUUGUGAACAUUUGGGAUGGCUUCAACAAGAAGCGCCUUUGCCAGUUCCACGAAUAUGAUACCUCCAUAUCCACGCUCAACUUCAGCUCCGAUGGCAGUGCCCUGGCCAUCGGCUGCUCCUACUUGGACCAACUGCCAGAGACUCCGGCUACCGUGCCACAUCCGGCCAUCUAUAUACGCUAUCCCACGGACCAGGAAACCAAGCAGAAAUAAUGUUAUCUACCGAAACUAUUCAUUUACUUGUUUACGGCGAAGUUAUACAUCAUUUUUUAAAGUAA